GGGUGGGUAAGGAAUCUGGGGUGUAAAUCUAAACACAGACGUGUCUAAGGAUCUCCAGUGGCUGGAGGCUCUCUGAGUCACUCGUCCAUGCGCAGCUCCUAUUCCCACACAGGUCACUGAUUGGUCUUUUUUUUACCUGGAAAACCCCGGCGGAAAUGCAUAAAUGUCCCGUGUGAUUCACUGUCUUGUUGGAGUUCUGGGCAUGACUAGGGCAUGGCACAGCACAGCACAGUACAGCACCAGCGCCUCCAAGGACCCAGUGCUUCAGUUUAAACUCAAGAAACUACACUUACUUCCUCUCCUUCAGUCCAAGAACAAUGGGUGGAACAUACUCAGUCAAAAAUGAAACUGCAUAUAGAUGGCACUAUAACACACACAAGCAGGAGAAUAAAUAUCCAUAUGAAUCUUUAGAACCUGGAGUUACUGCAAUCUUCAAAGUUGGCUACCCAAUAUACCUGAGAUAUGAAAAUCACAAAACUGCUGCUCUGCAUUGUGAUUAUGGUGGAUAUAAAUACAGCAUUAGAGAAAAGAGACACAGCAAACAAUUUGAACUACACUGUGGAACUGCAAAACAUACACAUCUGUGUCCACAUUUUGAUGAACAGGAGAAAAGCUUGCGGCAACAGCAAGAGAAAGAACAAAGAGAACAGCAGAGACGAGAACAAGAACAAAGAGAACAGCAGAGACGAGAACAAGAACGAAGAGAACAGCAGAGACAAGAACAAGAACAAAGAGAACAGCAGAGACAAGAACAAGAACAAAGAGAACAGCAGAGACGAGAACAGCAGAGACAAGAACAAGAACAAAGAGAACAGCAGAGACGAGAACAAGAACAAAGAGAACAGCAGAGACGAGAACAGCAGAGACGGGAACAAGAACAAAGAGAACAGCAGAGACGAGAACAGCAGAGACGAGAACAAGAACAAAGAGAACAGCAGAGACGAGAACAAGAACAAAGAGAACAGCAGAGACGAGAACAAGAACAAAGAGAACAGCAGAGACGAGAACAAGAACGAAGAGAACAGCAGAGACAAGAACAAGAACAAAGAGAACAGCAGAGACAAGAACAAGAACAAAGAGAACAGCAGAGACGAGAACAGCAGAGACAAGAACAAGAACAAAGAGAACAGCAGAGACGAGAACAAGAACAAAGAGAACAGCAGAGACGAGAACAGCAGAGACGGGAACAAGAACAAAGAGAACAGCAGAGACGAGAACAGCAGAGACGAGAACAAGAACAAAGAGAACAGCAGAGACUAGAACAAGAACGAAGAGAACAGCAGAGACUAGAACAAGAACGAAGAGAACAGCAGAGACAAGAACAAGAACAAAGAGAACAGCAGAGACGAGAACAGCAGAGACGAGAACAAGAACAAAGAGAACAGCAGAGACUAGAACAAGAAGGAAGAGAACAGCAGAGACGAGAACAAGAACAAAGAGAACAGCAGAGACGAGAACAGCAGAGACGGGAACAAGAACAAAGAGAACAGCAGAGACGAGAACAGCAGAGACGAGAACAAGAACAAAGAGAACAGCAGAGACUAGAACAAGAACGAAGAGAACAGCAGAGACUAGAACAAGAACGAAGAGAACAGCAGAGACAAGAACAAGAACAAAGAGAACAGCAGAGACGAGAACAGCAGAGACGAGAACAAGAACAAAGAGAACAGCAGAGACUAGAACAAGAAGGAAGAGAACAGCAGAGACGAGAACAAGAACGAAGAGAACAGCAG